ACGGCAAAAGACACGAGAGACGCGAACGACAGACGUGGAGGGACUUCACGCCUCUGUCCGUAGUCCGUAGUACAUUCGAUGGUUUUUACGUGUUCGUUUGUAUCGUGAGUCGGACAGCAGGCCACGGUAUCCUGCUGCACACCUUUUGAGACCGUUCUCGUGCGGAACCGUGACGAAAUUCGCGUAACGUCGCCAAAAAACGCGGUGCGGCUGACACAUCGGCCAGGAGAGGCAGGUUGGAUACGGUGAGGCGAGCAUAGGAGAAAGAGGGACACGCAGUGCGCGUGAAAGAAGGAGAGAGAGAGAGAGAGGGAAAGCGAGAUAGAGAGAUAGAGAAGGAAGGAGGAGGACACGGCGUGAAAGACAGGGGACUGACGUGUUGCAGGCGUAUCAGACGGACGUGUGUAGCGGUCGAACGCACCGACGGAAUACACGUUAUUGUUGCGGUUGAGGCCGAGGCACGACACGACACGAGACGACACGACGCGACGCGACGGCACGAGAGAGCCAGUGAACCUCGCGCGCGCGCGCGAUCCACAGAGUUUCACCGUUCCAUUCAAGAAUGUUUUAAUUAUCGGGGAGGUGCCGCGGUCCUAGCGAGCCCUUCGCGACCACACUGGAUGAUACGCGUCGCGUGUGCGCCUUACACACCGGGAGUGAGGAUUAACGGACGUGCGUGUGUCGCGCCAGAACAGAAGCAGGAAAACCAGCCGUGAUGCUGAAGUUCAUCCGAGGGAAGGGCCAACAACCCACGGCCGAACGACAAAAUCUUUUCGCCUUUCAAAAGACGCUGCAGCAUGGCUUUCCAAACAAUCCGACGGCCCUCGCCUGGGACCCGAUAUUGCGGCUGAUGAUGAUCGGCACGGCAUCCGGCGCCAUCAAGGUAUUCGGCAGGCCGGGUGUCGAGUUCUACGGCCAGCACAUCGACAGCGGGGAGAGGGCUAUCAAGAGAAUCGUCGCCGUUCCCAAUCAGGGUCGACUGGUUACACUGUUGGACAAGUCCGUGCACAUGUGGGAGAUCGACGAGAGCUCGAUCAUCGAGACGGCGUCGUUCUCGUUGGAGGGCAAAUUCAAAGUCUCCGCGCUGUGCUUGGAAUCGAGCGGCGAGAACCUGCUUCUGGGCACCGAGGGUGGCAACAUCUACCUCUUGAACAUGAAGACGUUCACGACGUCCGACAACAUCAUCUACCAGGAGGUCGUUAUACAAAACGUGCCGAAUGAUUACAAGAUGAAUCCGCGAGCGGUCGAGGCGAUAGCGGAACAACCAGGUCAUCCGGACAAUAUUCUGAUAGGUUACAAUCGCGGUUUGAUGGUUCUAUGGAACAGAGUGACUCCCGGAGCUCAACAGCUGAUGGGUUUGUUUUCGCGUGCGCAGACGUUCGUCUCCACGCAACAGCUGGAAUCGGUGCACUGGGUCUCUGAGACCCGUUUCGUUUCAUCGCACAACGACGGCUCCUACUCGUUCUGGAGUUCCGGAAGCGAUACCAUGCUGGAAUCCACCACGCCGUACGGGCCGUUUCCAUGCAAAGCGAUCACCAAAAUUCUGGUCUACCCGACCAAAGAACACGGGGAACUGGUGUUGUUCUCCGGAGGGAUGCAGCGAGCCAGCUACGGUGAACGCGACACUUUCACCGUGAUGUCCAAAGAGAAGCACGUGGUCUUCGACUUCACCUCGAAAGUGAUCGACUUUUUCACCGUGUUUCCGAACCCGGAGGACGGCAAAGACGCCGCGGACGGUCCGGAAGCCUUGGUGGUUCUGGCCGAAGAGGAAAUAGUGGCCAUCGAUCUGACGCAUCCCGAGUGGAAGAUGAUGGCGUUGCCUUAUCUCGUGUCCCUUCACGCGAGCGCUGUCACCUGUUCGCAACACGUUCCAAACGUGCCGGACGAACUGUGGAACAGCAUCGUGGCAGCUGGGAAAGCGCAGACCGAGCACCUAUACUCGGACAAGCCGUGGCCGAUCGACGGCGGUAUUCUGAGUCCGAAAGCGGCCGGCGACAAGCCGAAGGGCAAAGAAUUAUUGCUGACCGGUCACGAGGACGGAACCGUCAGAUUCUGGGACGCGUCGGACGUCGCUUUAACACCGUUGUACAAGUACAAUUCGUCCAUUUUGUUCACCGGGGAGCACCUGGACGUUCUGGAACAGCCGCCGGAGGACGACGAAGACGAGUGGCCUCCGUUCAGAAAGGUUGGCACCUUCGAUCCUUACUCGGACGAUCCGAGGCUCGCGAUUAAGAAGGUCCUGCUCUGUCCGCUCUCGUCGACGUUGGUGGUCGCUGGCACUGCCGGCCACGUGAUCACAGCUUCCAUAUCGUCCGAGCCGGUGAACAAGGAGAUCAAUGCCGUCACCAUGAACAUCGUGAACGAUCGCGACGGUUUCGUUUGGAAAGGUCACGAUCAUCUACGGGUGAGAACCGCCAGCAUAUCUUUCGCGGUUGGUUUCCAACCGCAAAAUCUUCUUCAACUGUACCCGCCGGCUGCGGUCACCGCCUUGGCCAUGUACAGCGAAUGGGGCCUGUUGUCUGCCGGCACCGCCCAUGGUUUAGCGGUCUUCGAUUAUACCAGGUCGAAAGCGGUCACUGUCAAAUGCACCCUUAAUCCAAACGAUCUCUCUGGAGCAGGAGACACGCCUAUCUCUAGAAGAAAGUCCUUCAAAAAGUCCUUGAGAGAAUCCUUCAGGAGACUGAGGAAAGGAAGAUCGCAGCGUAGAAUGAACGCCGGAAGUCCAACGAGAAACGCGCCACCGGAGAAGAAGGAAAUCACCAGCGUCGCUUCUUCUCCAAGCGGCGAGCUAUCGCCGGUCGAAUUGAAAACCGUGGAAAGGCAAGUGGAAGCAAGACCCGUAGACGACGCCCUUGGUUCGAUGGUUCGAUGUUUAUACUUUGCUAGGAGUUACAUAAUCAGCAUGAGGAACACCACCCCCACGCUAUGGGCGGGCACCAACAACGGUACAGUCUAUGUUUUCACGUUAGCGAUACCAGCGGGUGCCAGGCGGUCGGAGGAGGAUGUAAAUUGUACAUUAGGGAAAGAGAUUCAAUUGAAGCACCGAGCGCCUGUGAUCGCGAUAACGAUACUCGACGGAUCGAACGUCCCGUUGCCGGAGCCGUUCGAGGCCGAGAAAGGCAUAUGUCCCGGACCGGACAUGACUUCUCCUCAUAGAGUAGUGAUCGCCAGCGAGGAGCAGUUCAAAAUCUUCAAUCUUCCGUCGUUGAAGCCGUUCUGUAAAUACAAGCUGACCGCGCACGAAGGUUCUCGCGUGCGGAAAACCGGCUUCGCGAAGUUCACCUAUUCCACGGAAUCGACCGGUAGCCACGAGGAGACUUAUCUCCUUUGUCUGACCAACCUUGGGGAUUGCUUGGUGCUCAGCAUUCCGGAGUUCAGAAGGCAACUGAACGCUGCCGCCAUCAAACGCGAGGACAUUAAUGGCAUCUCUUCGUUGACCUUUACGAAAGCUGGCGAAGCUUUGUAUCUCCAUUCGAGCUCGGAGCUUCAACGGAUCAACCUGUCGGCCAAUAACGAGUCGAAAAUGCACUGUUCGCUGAAUCUGCCACCGAACGCGAGGUCGCACGCCAACAAGACCAUCGGCAACGAGAAAGUCCAAGAGCAGGGCGUCGUGGAGGGUGCAGCGGAAACGGAAGGCGAGACCCAAGGUAGCCAACCGGUCGCGCCGGUACAGAGGACGAUCACAGAGAAUGGUAUCGUCGGUUCCACCGGUGGCGAUGAGUCCCCGAAAGAACCGUCCCUACGACCGGCAGCGAGCACCACCGACGUCAACGGAGACGACGAUCGUCAAGACUUGAGUUCUAUAGGAGAUAUCACGAUCGAUAGUGUCAAGGACCAUUUACUUAACAGCUCCCUUUUCAGAAACGCGACGUCUUCCGAAGAACUUCACAGUCGUCUUGCAGGACUUAAGAUGGAGGUGACCUCGCGAACCUCGGAAAUUUCCACGCAGAAUCAGUCGCUGGUCGUGAAGACCACCACCGUUGUUUCUCAGACGACGAACAAUACCACCGCCAACGGGGAGGUCGAAACGAGUCAAACGAACGAAACCCAACAAAUGAACAGCACCACAGUAGAGAGAGAGAUACGCAGCGGUACCGAGACAACAACGACACACGCUACCAUCACUCUGCCCCCAAACGUCGAGAUUAGGGCAGCCGACUUGGCAAACUUGGAGGUGACAACAACCACGGUGACCACCGAGAAGUCGAAAGCACCAUUGGCCAGGCCUGAAGAAGUUGGUUCUUAGAGAUAUCGUCCAAAUUUGUUCCCGCGCUCCGAUCAAACUGAUUUUUGAUCACUCUGACUAGCCAGAGCCACGAACAUAAAAUUAGAUGUUUUUACUUAACGAACUCACACGUGUACACAGCGGCGAUAGGUAGAGUUUAUAAUAUCGUAGUUGUUUUAAAAAAAAAUCUUUAGAUUUGUACGCGGCACUAGCGUUAGCCAUAUAAACAAUAAGAAGAAGAAGAAGAAGAAGAAGAAGAAGACGAGCGAGCAAUUUUUCGAGUACUUGUAUAACUACAAAUCGCUUAAGUUAUACCAACUGCCAAAAUCGUCGACUUGCAUUUUAUUCCUUUUUUAAAAAAGAAAAAAAGAAGUAAAGUCAGUUUUUGUCAGCGCAUUUACAACACUCGACCAAAAAAGAAUUUUGUAUCGAAAUCUUUCGACGGUUUAGUGGAACUAGGCCUAGAGGUAAUUUUACCGUCAAUGCAUUUUUAUUUUACAAAGUAAGCGAAGAAAAUCUUUCUAAAAAAGAUUGGCAACAUUUCUCCGUGAUUGUUUUUAUCCGGAACCAAUAUAAUGAAAUAUACGAUUUUAAAAAAAUGACUAUUUUCUAACGACACGUUAUUUGUAAUGUGAAAUCGGUGUAAUCGUGAGACUCCGGUUCGUCGAAGAGACAACACCAAAAUACAUCACUAGACUACGGACUUUAUGCAUUUAUGACGAAAAUGAGCGAGUCAACCUUAAAACGGUAGACCGAUUAAAAGAAUUUAAAGAGCGUCAUUAUAUUAUUUUCAAGUUACUAAAAUUGUUAAAAAGAGAAAGAACUUUCUACCCGAUAAACGGUUGUUGCGAUUCGCAAAUACAAUUUUCAUUUUGCAUAAAGAUCCGCAGUCUAUACAUCACAAAUCGUGAACAUGGCAGCCAUAUUUGUAACGCGACGCGUUGUAUUUCUAAUUAAUAAAAUUGAGGAAAAAGGGAGGCGACUUAAACCAUCUAUAGUAUUUCGAAUGUUACGGGCGUGUCGCGAUGGAGAAUAAUAAAAAUGUUGUGUAAAGAAGACGAAAAACAAAUCGAUACGCCUAAACGAAUACAGAGAUAGCUACUUAAGUAGUAUUACAUUGUAAUAAGGAAAGUACAGAUAUCGAGGAAGGGAAACUUACGACGCGAUUAUUAAUGGCCAUGAUGCGGAGGGUGAGAGACAAGAGAUCCGUUAUGAAAAGAAUAUAUUUUUUAUUGACGUUGGUUAAUCGUUAAGUUUUCCUCUUUUCUACAAAUUACCAUGGUACAAUGAGACUUUCUCUAUCGAAAAGCAUCGAAACAACAACGUCGUUAAGUGGGUCAUAACCGAAAACAACCCAUGUAAACAAUUUCAUUAAAACAAUAUUUUUGGAAACGAAAUUGUGCAUUAAAUUGAAACAUCUUACUACUAUCGAUCCUUCGAAUAAUACAUCUUAAUAUUAUGCAACAUUUUAUGUCCAAAACCAUCCCAUAUUUAUGAGAAAAAAUUCUCUCGCGUCCUACGCGUACAAUUCUGUUGCAACAGUUAGCGCACGUGUCCCUUGUACUCUUCGGUAAGGGUUGUUUCCGUUACGAUCCCCUGCAUCGAUCGAAUCGAAUACAAGAGAUAAAAACAAAGCGACAGGGCUUUUUAUUAGUUCGCGCGUGUGUUCGAUCUUUUAGAUAAAGAAGCCACCAAUUGUUGCGUUAUUAUUUGGUGGAGGACAAUUGCUAUAUAUUACUUUUUGCGCAGGAUUAAGUCAUUAAAAUUCCACGAAGCUAACAACAUGUAUCGUCACGGUGGGAGAACGAAAAUAUUCGUAAGCUGCUUUCGGUCGUUCACAGUGAUUCGGGGAUUGCAUUUCAGAGAAAAAAAUUACCCAACCUGUGCAACUCAUCGAAGAAAUUAAUAAUUGUAUUUCGAAUCGAGCGAAAGCAGCGAACGUGUUAUUUUCUUCCGUCUCUGUGCAUAGCAAUGGACAUCGUAGCUCCGACGUCCGCUCCCGAGGGCGUAGACCAUAUUUUUUUAAACCAGCCACACUAUUUUCGAUCUCACGUCGACGUUCUAAGCGAACACGUAACUCCAUUCCUUGGAACGAUUUCGUAUUCGGAUCGAUGUUUCGCAAAUGUAUGGCGUUAAGAACUUCUUUCGUUCCUUUUUAUUUGUUGUUUACUCUACGCGGAAAGAACGCACGAGCACAGAGAGAUAUCCUGAAAUACAUUUCCAUUGAAAACGACAGACUGACGCGCGGAAGGAGGCAUAUCCGUUUCUCUUGCAUUUAAUCAAUAGCAUUCGUCCGCGGAUCCGAACAAAAACUUUUCUUUGUCGUUUAUCGUCUGUCUCUCGAGUCUACGCACACGUUCGUAUCACCGUCGAUUUUAUUUUUAAUUAACCGUCCGAUGACGGGACGGACUCGACGGUCGGACAAAAGACGGAGCUGGGUCACUUCCGACCCGCAAUAAAGUUUGCUAUCCACUGUGUACGAUGGCGCUUCGUCCUAUUGUAUCUUGAUAUCUCGAACUGCAUUUCCUUAGUGACAUUUUCGAAAUUGUAAUAAUAUUAAUUAUACGAUGACCCAGCUCUCCAUCUUAAGACGAUUAUCAAAGCGAUCAACGCGAGAGGCCUUUGUAGAUAGAUAUUUUAAUCUUCCCGUAAUUUCAUGAAUAUCUGCUAUCUUUGUUCUCCUCUCUUUGACUAUUCUUUGUGACAAAACGAUUGUUUAUUCUAAUACGGUAACUACGAUUCGAUGUUGUACAAUUGGUUACAACGGUGAAAAUCUGGUUGACUCGUUUCAGCACUCGUUGACAGUUAAGUAAUCACGUUUACUUAGUACUUAAUGCGUGCCGCCGUUCUAGUAACCAAUUGUACAAUGUAUUCCAAAGAUUUACCGCUUGUUUUUUCUAAACGAAAACAAAUUCUGGAUACGAAUCUUAAUCCUCGUUCCGACAAUAAUUCGAAGAAAUUUCUAUUUUAAUCGAAUUCAUUCGUGUCCACGAUUAUUGUAAUUGAAUUUGAAAUCCUAGGAAAGCUGGUUACGUGUACUGUGCUUUUAGAUCAUUCUGAACUUAAUUUUUUUAUUGUAAUUGUAAACUAUAUUAACGAGGCGAAAUAAGCGCGUAAAAUAAGAUAUCUAAGAAUGUACGAGAAAGAUAUGUGCUUCUGCUAAUUGUACAAUUCAUUGGUUUUUUACCUUGAUAAAAUAUUACACACUGUA